CAUACUCUAUAUUGGGUUGAGUAAUGGGUUUGUCCAUAGAUUUGGUUUAAUGUCCAAUACGAUGGUCAAUGAUUUUAAAGGCUUGAGUUCGUCGAUCAUUAGUCUGAAAAUAAUAAACGAUUUUUCGGAUCGUCUCAUAGUUUGCGGACAAAAUGAGAUCUCAAUCCGCAAUUCAGUGAACGGUUCACUACUCAACACUUUAGAUAAGGAUAAUAAAAGUUUUAUCUCCGCUGAACUCUUUGCAAACCGACUAAUUGUUUGCUAUAAUAUUAGCGGACAAUAUAUCCAUCACUUUAAUAUUUACGACCAAAACAUCCAAAACGUGACCAAUAGUUUUCACGACAUUUCUUACGCUAAGUUUGCGGCAAUUAAUGAGAAUAAGUUUUAUAUUCUGACACAUAAACGAAAUUUGAUUUGUUUUGAUUUGGAGAAGUCAUGCAUUGAAUGGUCGAUUCAGCUAAAGGUUAACAAACUUCCCGUUUGUAUGACUGUUAAGAAUCGGCGCAUUAUAUUCGGAAUGCUUUUCGGGAAAGUGUUGCAGAUUGUGAUCGACCAAAACAGUCCUUUAAUUUGCGAGUCCUAUCAAUGCGGACAACAUUUUCCCCGCAUUUGUGAUAUUUUCGAUCACUUCCAUGAUAUACACGCCCUUCCCUUCUAUCGAAGUCAAGCCAAUUCUCCCAUUUAUUUUCACUGUCCAUGGAUUGGAUGCGGUCUCAGAAUUGCCAACACUUCUCAAUGCGUUCCUAUGAUCCGAUUCAUACUGAUCCAGAACAGGGCGGGGAAGACACGUCUGGCGAAGUGGUAUAUGAACUUCGAUGACGACGAGAAGCAGAAACUGAUAGAAGAAGUGCACGCAGUGGUCACUGUUCGCGACGCCAAACACACCAACUUUGUCGAGUUCCGCAACUUUAAGAUAGUAUACCGUCGUUACGCCGGACUCUACUUCUGUAUAUGUGUUGACGUGAACGACAAUAAUCUGGUUUAUCUCGAAGCCAUUCAUAACUUCGUGGAAGUGCUGAACGAGUACUUUCACAACGUCUGCGAACUGGACCUCGUCUUCAACUUUUACAAAGUGUAUAGUGUUGUGGACGAGAUGUUCUUAGCGGGAGAAAUACGGGAAACGAGUCAAACAAAAAGAUAUCAGAUUCCGGACCCAAAGAAUGGUCCGCAACCACAGCAACGAUCAAUUCACGACAGUAUUGUCGAUCGGUUCCACAUUAAUGUGAAUACCAUAAUAAGAACCCACGACUCGAGAGCACUCGGAGCUAAAUAUUUGAACGAAACAGAAUUGCCCUCAAAUGAGGACUGUUUGUACUGGUGUUUGGAUACGAGUCCAUGCAAUCUGGCUGUAUAUGAGCAAAAAACUCGCGGCAGUUGUUAUCUGUUUGAUUGCGGCCCUAAUGAAGACUUUCGAUGCAAAUUCACGGCACAUAACUUCUACUCGAGUUCUAUACUUCAGGUGAAUCGACAUCCGUAUGAUCUGAACGAAUGGCAAUCGCAAGUGAAACACGAGAAAGAGUUGACAAAACUUCGAGUUCAGAGCACUGUUUCUCCGAUAGCCAGCAGUAGUACAUCUUCGGUGAGGAAUCUUAUGGCUCCGUCAGUGGUUCCAACCACUACUGCCACUUCACUCCUGUUUCACAAGACGUCUCGUUGUUUGCACUUUCAGUUUGAGUGCAAGAAUAACAGCGAAUGUAUUGCGAUAUACAAUGUUUGCGAUGGUAUUCCUCAAUGUAGUGAUGGAAGCGAUGAAUCGGUUGACUUAGAGUGUCAUAAAUCCAGAUUUAAUGUCCCGAAUCCGAAAGCAAGUCAUACCAUAAGUUCAUCAGACAAUUCGGCACAAACUCUGAACAAUAAGCAGUUGGAUAUGAAAGAUAUGUCACAUCAAUCCGAUAAAUCGAGUUCAAUGUAUUCGAGAAUUACCCCAAAUAAGUCACCGCAAGUAAUGCCCGCUUAUAACUACCCGAAAGCAUCGGAUGCAGACAAUACAAGAUCGGCUGACGAACAGAUUGGGACACCGAAAAAGCAACACAAUUACAGUCCGGCAGAACAGGGGGUCAAUAAUAAUUACAAUCCUCAAUACAGAGCUAAUCCUCAAUGGAAUCAAUACUAUCAGCAAAACGAUGGUUUCGGUUCAUCAGACAAUCGGAUGAGUGGUUCGGGAUAUGCUGUGGAACCUCAAUAUCUCAACAGUUAUAACAAUCGCGACUCGAAUUCUGGCUCUUAUUGGCCAUCCAUUGGAAGACAACAAUCCUAUGACUUAAGCGACCAAAUGAUGUCGCCCGGGAGUCAAUCGUACGGCAAUUCAAUGUCCAAUAAGCCACAGACCAAUGCAGAGGACGAGUGGGCACAGAGCGGCGCUUCAAAUGCAAACCCAUAUAACUCUAAUUAUUACAUCUCAAGAACAAGAGAUAGUAAACCAGAACUCAAAGGAAACCAAAAUCUAUCCAACAAUAAGAUGUUUUCAAAACCAUUAGAAAGCGAAUCGGCGGCCAAAGCAAAGCAAAGCCCAAUUCCUCAUAAAUACGAACAACAACUUAAAUCUCAAUCCACUAAAAUAGAUGAGACAAACAAAUCACAACAACUUUAUACAAACCCAAAGCCUAGUUAUUCUCAUAUUUCAUCGAAUAAGGGUUAUGUGAAGAGCGCUAGUAUUGUCGCCGUCUCUUAUAUGCACGAUUCGAGCCAACAAAGCGGCCGCGAAACCAAUAGCGCAGUCAUUGCACUCAGUCUCGGCUUAUUAGUGACCGCAUUGUUGAUCGUUUUGGUCGGAUGUCGGAUGAAGUCAUUCAAACGAAAGAUCGCCCGAAGGGGUCGAUCACUUGCUCACGACGCCGACUAUCUGGUCAAUGGCCUUUACCAAACGAAUCGAUUUGUAAUUAAGGACUACCAGGUCACUUAUAUAAUAUAUAANUACAAUCCUUUCGUUAGUCUAUUGGACACGGAUUCUGAACGAAGUGCAAGACUGUUACGAGAGGCCAAAGAGAGAGACCUCGAGAUCGUCGCUCCGCCGCCCAAACAGAAGAUCUCAGAUCCCGAAGAGUUAGCCGACUAUCAGCUGAGGAAACGAAAGGCUUUUGAAGACAAUAUCCGGAAGAAUCGAUUAGUGAUAAGCAAUUGGAUUAAAUACGCCAAAUGGGAGGAAAGCCAACAACAGAUCCAAAGGGCGCGCUCUGUGCUCGAGAGGGCCCUCGACGUCGACCACAGGAAUGUCACCGUUUGGCUCAAGUAUGCGGAGAUGGAGAUGAAGGCCAGACAAGUGAAUCACGCGAGGAAUGUGUUGGACAGAGCGGUUCUUCUGUUGCCACGAGUGAACCAAUUGUGGUAUAAAUACGUAUAUAUGGAGGAAAUGUUGACAAACGUGUCGGCGUGUCGUCAAGUGUUUGAGCGGUGGAUGCAAUGGGAACCCGAGGCUCAGUGUUGGCUCACUUUCAUUAAGUUUGAAUUGCGGUACAAAGAGGUGGAUCGCGCCCGACAUAUAUACGCCCGCUUUGUCACAGUUCACCCGCAGGUCACCAAUUGGAUCAAAUACGCCCGCUUUGAGGAACAGAACGGAUUCAUUGGCAACGCUCGCGAAGUUUACGAGAAGGCCAUUGACUUCUUCGGCGAUGACUAUUCCGACGAAACUCUUUUCAUGUCUUUCGCUAAGUUUGAAGAGAAUCACAGGGAAUACGAAAGGGUUAGAGUUAUCUAUAAAUACGCUUUGGAACAGCUGUCCAGCGAACAGACACAACAACUCUUCCAACAAUACUCUCUGUUUGAGAAGAAGUUUGGAGACAGAGUUGGCAUCGAAGACAUUGUUAUCAGUAAAAGGAAAUAUCAAUACGAAGAACAGCUUAAGUCGAAUUCACACAAUUAUGACAUUUGGUUUGAUUACAUCCGACUCAUGGAAGCCGAAGAGGACAUCGACGCCACCCGUAAAGUCUACGAGAGAGCCAUCGCUAACAUUCCUCCCAAGAAAGAGAAACGAUUUUGGAGACGAUAUAUAUACCUUUGGAUCAGUUAUGCCUUAUUUGAAGAGUUGGACGCCAAAGACAUAGACAGAGCUCGUGAAGUGUAUGACUUCUGUCUCAAACUAAUACCACACAAAACGUUUACUUUUGCAAAGUUUUGGAUUCUGUCGGCAAAGUUUGAAAUCAGACAAAAGAAUUUGAGUGGCGCUCGAAAACUGUUGGGAACCGCUAUUGGUUUGUGUCCCAAAGACAAGCUCUUCCGGGAAUACAUCGAACUGGAGAUCCAGUUGCGAGAGUUCGACAGGUGUCGUAUACUUUACCAGAAGUUUCUCGAGUUUUCGCCGCAAAACUGUACGGUUUGGAUGAAAUUCGCAGAACUGGAGACCAUUCUGGGAGAAGUAGAUCGCGGACGAGCUAUAUAUGAGAUAGCGAUCGAUCAGUCGAGACUCGAUAUGCCUGAAGUGAUUUGGAAGUCGUAUAUCGACUUCGAAGUGGAACAGCAGGAGUACGAGAGGGCGCGGAUGCUCUACGAGCGCCUUCUGGAGCGCACACAACACGUCAAAGUGUGGAUCAGUUUCGCGCGCUUUGAGUUCCAGUCGUCGGACGGCAGCGACAGCGGUGUCGCGCAGACCCGCACUGUCUUCGAAAGAGCCAACAAAGCGCUCAAGAAUUGCGAGGAAAAAGAGUCGCGUCUCAUGUUAUUGGAGGCUUGGAAUGAGUUCGAGGAACAGUACGGAACCGACUCUAGCCGUGAGUCUGUCUCACGACAAAUGCCUAAGAAAGUCAAGAAGAGACGCAAAAUACAGACCAACGACGGGUCGGACGCGGGUUGGGAAGAGUAUUACGACUAUAUAUUCCCCACCGAUGAGGAGGCCUUACCUCACCUCAGGUUCUUAGAAAUGGCCAAAAAGUGGAAACAAUCACAACAAGAAAGCGUUCAAUAA